CACGCGACGCGUGGUCGACGCCGAGAGGACCAGGCCUCCGGCUAGAGAGCCCGCGAGGGCCUCGCCUCUGUCGCUCGCGCGCGAGCCGAGCACGGUUCCCGCCCGUCAAUUCACCAGGUGGAAUUCGAGGGAAGUGGAGAGAGGGGGGGGUGGACAGAAGGACGGUCCGAAAGGAUGAUCCGGUUCCUGCUCCUGCAGAAUCGUCAGGGCAAGACCCGCACGGCGAAGUACUACGUUCCGAUGGACGAUGACGAGAAGCACCAGCUCGAGUUCGAGGUCCACAGGCUGGUCGUCAACCGAGAUCCAAAGUUCACAAACUUUGCCGAGUUUCGCAACCACAAGAUCAUCUAUCGGCGAUACGCCGGGCUGUUCUUCUCGCUCUGCGUCGACGUGAACGACAACGAGCUCGCGCUCCUCGAGGCCAUCCACCUCUUCGUCGAGGUCCUCGACCACUACUUCAGCAACGUCUGCGAACUCGACUUGGUGUUCAACUUUCACAAGGUGUACCAGGUCAUCGACGAGUUCAUCCUCGCGGGGGAGAUCCAGGAGACGAGCAAGAAGCAGAUCAUGGAGCGAUUAUACGAGCUGGAGAAGAUCAAGGACUGAGAAGGACGCGCCGACGAACGACGGACCGGGAGGGAAAGACGAGAGGCUUCAAACUCCCGCCGUAGCGCUCGCCGCGAGGUGGCGACGUUACUAGACUACGCAUGAACGGAAAACUAAAAACUAACCACG